AUAGUUCCCCAAAAAUCUUUUAGAUAUCUGAUGGGGCAACAGAAUUCUCUUUCUCCAAGUCUACAUGUAUCAAUCACCGAUACGGAAAUCUGCUAUUAUUGAUAAUUGAAUGAAUUGAAGAAAACUGUCGUUCACAAACAAUGUUGCAAUGUUCUUACACAAAUCGAGCUGAGCGAUGUUCACUUUCAAAUCCAUCCCUUCAUAUUAUAAAAUAAAUUGGUACCAACAUUCGUUAAUUUUUUCAGAAAUCGUUUAAUUAUGGAAUGGAAUGAAUAUUCGAAGAAUUUGGGGAUCCCUUGUUCCGAUAAUUUUUCUUUAGUGAUAACAAUGGGGGAGCCAGUUGUCAUAAGAGCCUGGAAUAUUGCUGGUUUACCGGUUGACAAAUAUAGUGUUGAAAAUGGCAUCAUAUCAACUACAGCAAGAAGGUGGCCUCUUAUGAUCGACCCUCAAGGGCAAGCGAAUAAAUGGGUGAAAAAUAUGGAGAAGAACAAUAGACUUCAGGUUAUCAAACUAACAGACCAGAACUACAUUAGAGUCCUAGAAAAUGCAAUAACUUUUGGAACACCUGUAUUAUUAGAAAAUAUCAAUGAAGAAAUCGAUGCUAUAUUAGAUCCAGUUUUGGUGAAAACAAUUUUCAAGUCUCAAGGAGUCUGGUAUUUGAAACUUGGGGACAAUGUUUUGGAAUACUCGUUCGACUUCAGAUUUUUCAUCACAACCAGACUGAGGAAUCCUCAUUACCUGCCAGAGAUUGCAGUCAAAGUGACUCUAGUGAACUUCAUGAUUACUCCACAAGGAUUGCAGGAUCAGCUUUUGGGAAUCGUUGUUGCUAGAGAAAAACCGGAAUUGGAAGAGAAAAAGAAUGCGAUGAUUGUUGAAAGUGCCAAUAAUAAGAAAAUGUUGAAAGAAAUCGAAGAUAAAAUAUUGGAAGUCUUAUCAUCUUCAGAAGGCAACAUUUUGGAAGACGAAACAGCUAUAAAAAUAUUAUCAUCUAGUAAAGUUUUAUCCGAGGAUAUUCAAGAGAAACAGAAAUUAGCUGCAGUGACGGAGAAAGAAAUCGAUCAAGCGCGUAACGGAUACGUUCCAGUUUCUAAGCAUUCUUCCGUAUUAUUUUUCUGUAUUUCUGAAUUGGCCAAUAUUGACCCCAUGUACCAAUAUUCGUUGGUCUGGUUCAUCAACCUGUAUAACCAAUCCAUCAUCAACAGCACAAAAUCUAAUGUUCUGGAAGAACGAUUGGGUUAUCUCAACAGUCAUUUUACCAAUAGUAUAUAUAGGAAUGUAUGCAGAUCGUUGUUCGAGAAGGAUAAGCUGAUAUUUUCUUUCGUUUUGACUGUCGGAAUUCGGAGAUCUCAGGGAAAAAUUCACGAAGAAUUGUUGACAUUUUUAUUAACAGGCGGAGUAGCUCUAGAAAAUCCGUAUCCUAAUCCUUCUCCUGAUUGGUUAACCGAUAAAUCAUGGUCAGAAGUUGUAAGAGCUAGCAGUUUGAGUGGCAUGGAAAAGUUUAAAAGAUCCGCGGAAACGAACAAUGCUGCUUGGAAAGAAUUUUAUGAUGUUUUCAAUCCUAACGAAAUUCCUUGCCCAUUUCCUUUUCAUGAAUCAAGUGGACUGAUAAGACUUAUAGUUUUACGGUGCAUAAGGCCAGACAAAGUCGUUCCUGCAGUACAGAAUUACAUUGUAGAAGAAAUGGGUUCAUCUUAUCUGGAACCACCUCAGUUCAACUUGGAAGAGUCUUAUAAUGACAGUAACUGCUGUACACCAUUGGUAUUCAUAUUAUCAGCUGGUUCCGACCCCAUGGCGGGUUUGGUGAGAUUUGCAGCAGAUAAAGGAAUUGCAAAAACAAGUCUCAUGACUAUUUCACUCGGACAAGGACAGGGGCCUAUAGCAACAAAUAUGAUCAACACUGGUCUAGAAACUGGACAAUGGGCUGUGUUACAAAAUUGCCACCUGGCAGAGAGUUGGAUGAGAGAAUUAGAUAGAAUUUGCGACGAAGUGAUUGUACCAGAAGUAACAAAUUCCAGUUUCAGAUUAUGGUUAACAAGUUAUCCAAGCAAAUCGUUUCCUGUCGCGAUUCUGCAAAAUGGUGUGAAAAUGACAAAUGAAGCACCAAAAGGGUUGAGACAAAAUCUUUUGAGAUCAUAUAUGUCUGAUCCCAUAUCAGAUAAUGACUUUUAUAAUGCUUGUCCCAACGGGAAGGCUUUUCGACCUCUUCUAUUUGCAUUAUGCUUUUUCCAUGCAUUGGUACAAGAAAGACGGAAAUUUGGACCUCUAGGAUGGAAUAUACCAUACGAAUUCAAUGAAUCGGAUCUGAGGAUUUGCGUUGUUCAAUUACAGAUGUUUCUGACUGAAUAUGUGGACGUUCCAUAUGACGCCUUGACAUAUCUUACUGGGGAAUGCAAUUAUGGUGGCAGAGUGACGGACGAUAAAGACAGGAGACUACUGGCUUCGUUACUUUCUAUAUUUUAUACUCCAGAGACCGUCAAGAAGCCUGGGUACGCGUUUUCUGCAAGCGGUCUCUAUUAUGUUCCCGCAAAUACAACAUAUAAAGGUUGUUUGGACUAUAUCAAGUCGUUGCCUAUCAUCCCUCAGCCAGAAGUUUUUGGAUUGCAUGAAAAUGCCGACAUAACGAAAGAUAACCAAGAAACUCAAAUCCUGCUACAUGGUGUAUUACUUACCCAGACUCAAAUAACGGCUGGAGGCGGCGGGGAGGAUACCCAAGAAUUAGUCAUAGAUUUAGCACACGAUAUUUUGGGAAAACUUCCAGAUAUGUUCGACGUGAAUUUUGUGAGCAACAAAUAUCCCGUAAUAUAUAGUAAUUCUAUGAAUACCGUUUUACGUCAGGAGCUUAUCAGAUUCAACAGACUAAUUAUAGUAGUGAAGAGAACUUUGACUGAAAUGGUAAAAGCAGUUAAAGGACUGGUGGUUAUGUCGGCAGAAUUAGAAGAAACAUUCAAUUCGCUGGUUAUAGGAAAAGUGCCAUCUGUUUGGGCGAGUAAGAGCUACCCAAGUUUGAAGCCGCUGGGCUCUUACGUCAAUGAUUUGAUUGCCAGGUUGAAAUUUCUACAAGAUUGGAUCGACGAUGGGGCACCAAACGUAUUCUGGAUUUCAGGAUUUUACUUCACUCAGUCAUUUUUAACUGGCGUCUUGCAAAAUUACUCGAGGAAAAAAAAGUUGCCCAUAGACUUUAUACAUUUCGAGUACAUUAUCACUGAAUAUGAAACCGAUACUAAGCAGAAACUUGAAGAUGGUGUAUUCUGUAAGGGAUUGUUCCUGGAAGGUGCAAGAUGGGACAGACAGCAGAAACAGUUGAAUGAAUCGUAUCCAAAAAUUCUAUUCGAUGUUGUGCCUAUAAUGUGGUUGAAACCAGCUGAGAUCGCAAAUUAUAACCCAAAGCCUUGUUAUAAUUGCCCGGUGUAUAAAACUAGUGCAAGGCGCGGAGUUUUAUCUACAACAGGCCAUUCGACCAAUUUUGUAAUGUACACCACAUUUAAUACAAAUUUACCAGAAAAACAUUGGAUCAACAGAGGGGUAGCAGCAUUGUGUCAACUUGAUGACUGAAUCAAAUUUAGUUUUCAUAUAAUUUUAUUUAUGUAUAUUUCAAUAAAAUAUUGACUGUAGA